AUGUCACAUUUCAGCUUUGAAACUGAAGUGAAUAAUCUCCUGAGACUCGAUGCCCCUAUGAGUCGAGGACCAGCACCCCGAUGGCAGAAAAAAUCAACUGAGCGUCGGCGUUCUAGUUCAGCUCCAUCCACGCCGCUUCGCAACUCCUUCAGGCUAAAUUCAAGCAAGACUCCAUCGAAGACGCCGAAAUCAUUGAAGAAGACGCCAGGAAAAGCCAAGACCCCAUCUGAAGACAGAUUCAUUCCUAACCGAAGUGCUAUGAACUUUGAAGCGAACUAUUAUAAAAUGGUUUCAGCUGAUCGCGAGAACGAAGAAAACGAGUGCGAAAGUCCUUCGAAAGUCGAGUUCAAGAAGAACAUGGCUGAAAACCUGGCUGGAAACGAAGCGAAUACCAGGAUUCUUGCUUUCAAGAAUAAAGCUCCAACACCAAGAGAAGGUACCUUUAAAUGAGAAUAUUUAAAAUUCAGUUUAUAAUAAGCGAUCGAGUGUUGAAUAAGCUUACCUGGCUUAUGCAUAUGCAAGCUCGUGGAUCCUAUUGUAAACUAACAAGACUUGCGUAUUGUUCGUUUUAACAAGAAUUUCACAACCAUAUCACCGAUCCGAUGAAGUUUUAAAUUUCAAAAGUGUUGUAAUGUAUUAAGUACUUUUCGAUUAGACUAUCACUAAUCAUAAAACGGGUCGAUUUGUAUUUUAGGCCAUUUGAAUGAUCUUCGAGUCCUGUACAGCCAAAACAAGACUCCAGCAACAUCGACGAAGAAAAAUGCCAGACAUAUUCCACAGAUCCCCGAAAGGAUCCUAGAUGCACCUGAUCUCAUUGACGAUUAUUGUAAGUUGAGUUCUGUUAUCGUUCCUCCUUCUGUUAUCGUUCCGAAACGUCGCCACCGGCGAAGAGCGAGGAGAAACGGCUGUUUUCGCAGGCUACUUGUCUCUUUGUCUUGUCUCACUAUCAUAAUUUUGGUUCGGCUUUUUGUUAGCCACAAAAUGCAUGCGCUUUCACAAUUUUCGAAGUACACCCAACUUUAUACUGCUGAAGAGAAUUGUGAUUGAUUUACCCACAGAGACAACUCGCUUACAUCAAACAUUUGUAUCGUUGCUGUCAUUGCUGAUUUUUAUUUUUGUUCCUCUGCUUCUAAACUUGGUCAAAAUAAAGAUUAAGUGCUGUUCACUUUUUACUGAUUGCUCACUUGUUCUAAAGUUUAUUCAGGUUUAUUGUGAUUGAAUAGAUUAGAUUACAACAUCUGGCAAAAAAAGCGGAAAUACGGUUGCUAUGAGAUAUACAUGUAAAAACAGCGUUAUUUUAAUGAUAAGAUUGCUUAAUUUAUGACUUUGGAGAUUGUGUUACUUUGUCAUAAAGUUCUUGUGGAGGUAUCUGUUUCUGUUGGGGCAUGAACUUGCUAACUCAUUUCGCUCAUUUCAAUACUUUCAGAUUUAAACCUACUGGACUGGAGCUGUAACAAUCACCUUGCGGUAGCACUGGGUGGCUUUGUAUAUCUCUGGAACGCUGUGUCAGGUGACAUAGUCCAGCUUUGCCAAACUGUGACACCUGAAUGUUAUAUUGGCUCUGUAUCUUGGAUCAAGGAAGGGAACUACAUUGCCUUAGGAGACAGUGAUGGGGUGGUUCAGGUUGGUUUCUAUAUAAUAAAUAUUUCUUAACAUUUAAAUCAUGGAUCAAGUUUGCCACAGUCAGGGAAAAAUCAAGGGAAAACAAUACCAGACCAUUUGCAAAACAAUAAUUUUUAAACGUCAGGGAAUAUCUUUGAUAGUGUCAAAGUCAGUGAAAAGUCACCGUGAGGGAAUUCUAUUUUCAUUGCACACAAAUCCGCUGAAAGGUGUAAAGGAUUUUAACAUGGAGACAGAAAUAUUGGUGGUCUGUGAAGAGAACUAAGCAAGAGUAAAAAAGGAUUUUUGUUUAAUUCAAGGCCUGUGAAAAUUUGCCCAGAGGUUUGGGAAAGGUAAAGGAAUUUUUUAGUUUCUAAUGAACGACAACCCUGUGUAUGUGCCAAAUCAUGAUGAAAUCCAGAAAUUCCAAAUUUUUAUGCACAAAAAUACUGGAAAGUACUGCUAUAAGCAAAAGACAUGCUUAUGAGGUUAAUAAUUCUACAAUGCAAUGGAGAAUGAUCCUUGAAGUUGUAACCGCAGUUUAUACAAUUAUUGCAUAUUAAGAAGCCUGAAAAAUCCACGACUUCAACAUGUGUGAGGAUUCGAACCCAUGACCUCAUGAUACUGGUGCAGCGCUCUAACCGACUAAACUAUGAAGCCACUGAUGUUGGGAGCUGGUCAAUUAAGUGUUCAUGAAUGUUCCCAUGAAAGAGAUGAGUUUGAAAUGACUCAUAUAUGAGAACUGCAGAAAUGAAAUCAAAUGAAGAAUGAUCCUCACAGUUGUGAACAUAAUUUUGUCAAUAAAAUCAAGUGAAGUAGGCAAUUUGAGGCUCUCACUCCCUCGCUUUUCCAUUUCCCCCCAAAAUAGAUGGCACAAAGCUUGAAGUAGCGGGCUUUUUAGGUUGUUGGCACUUAUUGAGAACCCAGAUUCAUUCACUUAAAAGUUAGAUUCACCUUGUACAAUGUAAUCAGAACCACAGGAAACUUAAUCAGUAGCUGUCACUGAGUUAAAUGUUGAAACCACUGGUUUACUAGCCUGAGUGGCGGCGGAAAAAAUUAGUGCUCCCGGCACAAGAAUCCACCAGCUAUGCAGCUAGGCUACCGGUAUACUAAAUCCUUGUUGAAAUUGACAGCUGUGGGAUGUGGAGGCGCAGAAAAAAUUAAGAAGCAUGGCUGGUCAUUCUGCCCGUGUUGGAUGCCUCUCUUGGAAUUCUUUCAUACUCUCAAGGUACGAUUCCUGGAAUUUGUUAAAUUUAUUAUUUCAGAGGUUUGAGAGGAUUUUUGAAUGUUGGAACAUUCUAUUGCAGUUUGACAAAAAAAAAAUUAUGCUACGGUAUUUUACAAGUUGACAUUAUUUAGACACUUUGGAAAGAGAAAUACCAUUAAAACAGUAUUUUCGUCUGCAGUGCAGGCUAAGUGUUCAGCCUGUUGAAUCUGUGUACAGUGCCUUGGGAAUGUAGUCUAAACCAUUAGCAAUGAAAGCUAACAAAAUUUUCCUCUCAAUUUGUUUUUAGUGGCAGCAGAAGUGGAGCUAUUCAUCAUCACGAUGUUCGUGUAGCAGACCAUCAUGUCGCUACUCUUGCCAGACAUUCCCAAGAAGUGUGUGGGCUGAAGUGGUCUCCUGAUGGGAAGUACCUCGCUAGUGGUGGUAAUGACAACCUGCUACUGAUCUGGGAUGCCAGUGUGAACACGAUAAGCAACAGUAAUACACCUCUGUAUACAUUUAACCAACACCAGGCUGCUGUCAAGGUGGGUAACCUGUGAAACUCUUUUUAAGUACAGUAAAGUUAUUUUUAUAGUUUACAGAGAUGACUUGACUUUCUGAAACUGCCACUCAGUAAGCACCUGUUUACCCUUAGCUUUAGGCCCCAAGCGUGACCAACAUCAAGGGAAAAAGGUUAUGAGAACUUAAUAAAUGAAAUGAUCACCAAUAAAAAAGGAAAAUGUUUUGAUUUUUCAUCAAAUUCUCUCAACAAUAUCCUUAAGAAAUUGUAUGAAGAUCACUCUGGAGAAUUUUGUUGUGGAUGUUGGUGACUGGUUAGCUCAAUUGGUUGGGUACAGGGUGCAAAGAAAGUCGUGUCCGAUAGCCCGGGGCUAGCGAAUUCUGUUCUUAACUUGCCCAAAGGACAAGUGAAGUAUUUUGAAGAAUUCAACUUACAGAAGAACUGUGAAAUCAUUUCUGCUCAUCAAAAAAUUUUAGGGGCUAGUUGAAAUGCUGUUUGGGCCAAUAAAAGCUAGCUUCAGCUUGCCCAAAUGGCAAGCUGUAAAAAUGACUUUCUUUGCACCCCGGGGUACCAAACUUUAGAGAUGAGGGCCCAAGUUCCAUUCUUGGCCAGACAAACAUUCAUCCUUUCAAAUUAAUGUGGUGUCUUUCUUUUACACUAGGCUCUUGACUGGUGUCCAUUUCAACGAAACGUACUGGCUAGUGGUGGUGGAACGGCUGAUCGUCACAUAAGGUUCUGGAAUGUUGGUGCAGGGAAUUGCCUUAACAGUAUUGACACUCAUUCACAGGUAAAGAUACAUACUACUAAACAUUUGAGUUAAAUUUGACGUUGAUGGCUCGAAAUUUUUCAGCUUUUACUACGUCUUAUUAAGAUAUUUUCUUACACCGUGAAAUAAUAUGAAUAGCCUCUAAAUCUCAAGGAGUACCAAUCCAGUAUAUGAAAAACAAUUUUUGUGUAAGGCCUUUUAUGGCUUUGAUAUACAUAUUUUUUGACUACCUGAGAUGUAGAAAAGCAUUCAUCUCAUGCUAGCUGGUACCUCUCCUCGCCUCCACUUCUCAUCAUUGCUCAUUUUGGGCUCAUUAAACUAGCCUGCGAGCAAGCUCUCUGGGGCGCUCUGGCGGCAGGGUGGGAAAAGGAAGGAGAGCUUACAACUACAUCUCUAGAAUUUGCAUUCCACCUCCAAUUCCCCUGUGGCUCCCCCUCAACUGAGCUGUCAGAUUUCUGCCAAUCAGCGUGAAGCGGAAACGAGCGUGAACGUAAAAAAAAAUAUUGAAAAACAUGUGCCUUUGGGUAAUGACGUCAUUACUAAUGUCAUCUCUGCCAAUCAGCGUUUCGCAUUGACUUUUUUGGUGCAGAUAUUCAAAUUCCAGAGAUGUAGUUGCAAGCUCCCCUUUCUUUUUCCCUCCCCGCCGCCACAGCCACAGAGAGCUUGCUCACAGGCUAUUUUUUAACCUGAAUAGUAAACUGUCAAUUUCUACCAAGCAAACAGUUGGGGAUUCCCAGCAUAAUACAGUACAUGUUUGACUGUACUUAACAAUGAAUUGCUUCCAUUUUUAUACUUUUUUUCUUUUAUAAUUUUUUCUUUCUCAUUUAUCAUGAGUCUUCUUUUGACACCCAUAGGUGUGUUCCAUUUUGUGGUCAAAAGAAUAUAAAGAACUAGUCUCAAGUCAUGGUUAUGCACAAAACCAACUGACAGUUUGGAAGUAUCCAUCUUUCUCAUCAUUGCUCAUUUUGGGCUCAUUAAACUAGCCUGCGAGCAAGCUCUCUGGGGCGCUCUGGCGGCAGGGUGGGAAAAGGAAGGAGAGCUUACAACUACAUCUCUAGAAUUUGCAUUCCACCUUCAAUUCCCCUGUGGCUCCCCCUCGAUUGAGCUGUCAGAUUUCUGCCAAUCAGCGUGAAGCGGAAACAAGCGUGAACGUAAAAAAAAAAAUUGAAAAACAUGUGCCAAGGGUAAUGACGUCAUUACUAAUGUCACCUCUGCCAAUCAGCAUUUCGCAUUGACUUUUUUGGUGCAGAUAUUCAAAUUCCAGAGAUGUAGUUGCAAGCUUCCCUUCCUUUUGCCUCCCGGCCGCCACAGCCACAGAGAGCUUGCUCGCAGGCUAUUAUUAAACCUGAAUAGUAAACUGUCAAUUUCUACCAAGCAAACAGUUGGGGAUUCCCCAGCAUAAUACAGUACAUGUUCAACUGCACUUAACAAUGAAUUGCUUCCAUUUUUAUACUUUUUUUUCCUUUUAUAUUUAUUUCUUUCUCAUUUAUCAUGAGUAUUCUUCUUUUGACACCCAUAGGUGUGUUCCAUUUUGUGGUCAAAAGAAUAUAAAGAACUAGUCUCAAGUCAUGGUUAUGCACAAAACCAACUGACAGUUUGGAAGUAUCCAUCGAUGGUGAAAGUAACAGAGCUAACUGGACACUCAUGCCGCGUCCUUCACAUGGCCAUGAGCCCAGAUGGACAGACAGUUGUUUCAGCUGCGGCAGAUGAGACACUCAGACUUUGGAAGUGUUUCGCUACAGAUCCUGUUAAAAAGAAAACAAAGCCUAAUCCAACAAGUAGCUCAUUAGUACAUCGAGGAAUUCGCUGA